AUGACAGACACAAAUAAGCAAAGGCCCCCAGUCCCCAGCAGCUCAUUUGUUCCGGACCAAGGUGGCGGCCCGAUAAAGCAAGGAGCAGGGGGUGCUAAGAAUCCCUGGGUAAGGACAGGCCACCAAUGGAAACUGAACAUUGCAACCUAUAACGUAAGAUCACUACUUCAAGAAGAGAUACUACUGGAACUCGAGGAAGAACUACAAGGAAUAAAGUGGGACAUCGUUGGACUGGGUGAAGUCCGCAGACGAGGAGAAGAACUCACAGUACUGAAAAGUGGGCACCAUUUCUACCAUAUAGGAAAGAAGAAUAAGAGUGAAGCAGGAGUAGGAUUCCUGGUACACAAAAGCAUCGCCGGUAACAUUUCUGAAAUAAAAGGAAUAAAUGAACGUCUGGCACAAAUAACAAUAAAAAUCAAUAAGAGAUACAAAAUCAAGAUUAUCCAAGUCUAUGCCCCAACUUCAACACACGACGAUGAAGAGGUAGAGAAACUCUACGAGGAAAUAACGGACGUGAUGAAAUGCGGUAAAACACAGUUUACAAUAGUCAUGGGUGACUUUAACGCCGAGGUCGGGAAAAGAGAGGAAGGAGAAGAAAGCACAAUCGGCCCCUUCGGAAGUGGGCAAAGAAACGUCAGGGGGGACCGACUUCUUGAAUUUCCUAUUAGCAACAAAAUGAAAAUAAUGAACACUUUCUUCAAGAAAGGAGCAUCCAGGAAAUGGACAUUGAAAAGCCCAGGCGGGAACACAAAGAAUGAAAUUGACUUCAUAUUAACUGACAACCCUCACAUCAUCCAAGACGUGAAAACAAUCAGCAAGGUGAACGUGGGAAGUGACCACAGGAUGGUAAUGGGCAAGAUGAAAAUCAACACCCGACUAGAGAAGCAAAAACUCCUAAAACCAAAACAAAGUAGCAUCAAACUAGAGAAACUAAAAGAGAAGAGAACAGAAUUUCAACUGGAGUUGAAAAACCAAUUUCAACUUCUGACGGACAAAUGCACAGACGAGGAAGGAAACAGAUCUCUUGAAACAUGGACUGAUCUGCUAGUGGAAAAACCCAAGAAACCGCCAUAA